AGAACCUUACCAAACAGGCUUCAAAUUUCACAACUUAAUCCCAAGCAUAAUUGUGGAUAUAUUUGUUGUUACCCUUAAAAAAAAAUCUAAGUUUAUUAAAAUGAGUUUCACAAAAAGAGUUGAGCUACACUUAAUAGAGGCAGCGAAAAUCGAUUUAUAGGUGGGUUAAUCUACUAAUACUAAGCUUAAUUAUGCAUAAAGAUUGUUUCUUUAAGUACCCAUUUCAAUUUCUUGUAUUUUUAACAUUAUAAUUUUUGAGCCUUUUCUUUGUUCUUCAAUGGCUGGAUCUUUAUCAGGUUUAAGGCGUUUGUAUCUCAUUUUUUACAAUUGGAUUGUGUUUUUUGGAUGGUUUCAAGUGUUUUAUUUUGGUGUGAGAACUUUGAAAGAGACUGGGUAUGAAUAUGUCUAUGAUGCUGUGGAAAAGCCUCUGUUUUUUGCUCAAACUGCUGCUUUUUUGGAGAUACUUCAUAGUCUAGCAGGUUUGGUAAGGUCUCCGAUAUCAGCAACACUUCCACAGAUAAGUUCAAGAUUAUACGUAACCUGGGGAAUUUUUAUGGAGUUUUCCAGAGCUAAGUAUUUUCCUUGCAGAUCACAGUAAAGCAUUCCGAAGCUUCUUUACUAUUGACUGACUUGUUGAUUAAAGGUCCGGAGUCAUAUACUUGUUAGUUCUCUAGUGAUUAGCUGGUCUAUUACAGAGGUGAGCCUUUGCUUAUUCAUCAAAACCAUCAGCACAUAACUUGUUCUAACAUCGUUAUGUUCAACUUCAGAUUAUUCGAUAUUCAUAUUUUGGCAUAAGGGAGGCAUUUGGUUCUGCACCUUCUUGGCUCUUGUGGUUAAGGUAUUACUAUUUAACUUGAACUCAUCAUUCUAAAAUUCGGAAUCCAUAAAGUUGAAAUCCUGACUACGCCUCAGUUGAUGGAUAUAGUUUGUAGCAUGUUCUUAUUAAGCUGAUUUCCUUACUGCAGGUAUAGUACUUUCUUAUUGUUGUAUCCUAUUGGCAUCACAAGUGAAGUAGGUCUAAUAUAUAAUGCCCUUCCUUACAUGAAGGUACCAAUAUCCUCUAUCUUAGUGUGUUCCUUUCUCACUUAGAAAAGGCAACAAACUCGUCUUUCUAUCCAUUGAAGAGGUGGCAAAGAGCUAACCCGCAAGGGUGACCGAGUUGGUUGAGCAGGGGAGGUUCGAAACCCCUUGCAUGAUUUCUCGAUCGAGCUCAUCACACGGAGCUUGCCUACCACCACUGAAGCAAGGUUUACCCUGUGCGUACUUGAAGGAUGGCUGACCAUGUCUUGUUAUCAACUUGUUUUUUCGUAGGAAUCUGGAAAGUAUUCUGUUAGGAUGCCAAAUAAAUGGAAUUUCUCUUUUAAUUACUACUAUGCAGCAUUUGUUUGCCUUGCCAUCUAUUUACCAGGCAAGAACCAUAACAUCAUUCUCUUACUAAAAGCAAUUAUGUUUAUUUACUCGGUUUCUUGGUGAGGGAACUCGGAGACAGAUUAUCGAGUUUAUUACAGUUCCUUUUUAGAUUAUUAUUGGGAUAGCCAGAGCUAUGAUUGACAAGACGGUGUUUGUGAAAAUGCAGGCUUUUCUCACCUGUAUAAUUACAUGCUUGGGCAGAGAAAGAAAGCACUAUCUGAACCAAAAAAGCAUAGGACACAGGCGGACUAGCACUGUGGCUCCAUCCCUGAGGACACGGUUUAUAGGCGGACUAGCAUUGUGGCUCUAAUGAUACUUGAAGAACGAGAGAAUCCUCUUGAUCAUACUUUUCUUUUCUAGGGAAAAAAGUACCUACCAAAUUCGAAUAAUCGACUAUUUCUGGGUGUAACAUUUGGUAAUCAUUUAGUUAUUGUAUCUCAGACAGUACACAUGUUUUAAGUUGCACACAGUAUACCACAAGUUUAUGUCGAACAAAAUUAUCAAUAACAUAACGAUAUGUCGAAAAGGCAUCAACCAAAUGCUUUAAUCAAGGGGACAAUAUCAGAGGAUUUAACUUAUAUCCCAACAAUACAAUGAAAUUUGAAAAAAAA